AGUCGCCGUAUGCUUCAUGGGAUGGCGCGAUGUCUCUCGGGUUGUCUUUGUCGUGUCACGCCCAGUGGGAGGAGCCCAUCACAGCCUGCCGUGUCUCAAACUUUUGGGGCUGGCAACAAGGAACCCCUGUAUAUUCGACAGAGACUGGCUCUCCAGGAUCCCAAGUGGAAACGGUGCUGCCACGCACCUUAGUGCUGACAUGUCUGGCGCCCCACCCGCUCCCACCUGGGAUGUUUCCUGACCUGCCCUUUACGCCAGUCUUUAAGAAAAGAUAAAAGCAUGAGCCUAACCGGAGACUUCCCGGCAUCCUUCGGUUUCUGGGCGAGCUCGGCGGAUUGUGGUCGCGAGUCGUUGGAAGCAACGUUGGGGAGAGAGCCAGAGAGGUGAGGGAUGAUCAGAAACCUAAUUUUAUCCCUGCAGCUGAGACGACUCGGGUCGACGAAGACUACGAUGGCCCCGUUCCAGCGCCAGAAGACGAUACACGCAGCUAGGGCUAAAAGACGGAUCCAUACAAUCGUGCCAUGGAUACAGAAUCCCCUCCAGGGCGUUGACAAGCAGCACUUGGUCUUCGCACCAAGACAUGAAGCCAGCACGCUCGAGCUAUUCUUCGAUCUCUUCUUCGUUGCCAACCUCGCCACCUUCACCUCGUAUCACUACAUCGUAGACCACUCGUCCCUGUUCGCCUACAUCGGCUUCUUUGCCAUCAUUUGGGUGACGUGGUUCCACACCGUCCUCUACGAUGUCCGCUUCGAGAACGACAGCAUCUACAGCCGGGUAUGCAAGACCAUCAUCAUGAUCGCCUUUGUAGGCUUCGCCCUCGUCGGGUCCGCCUUCGCGCCGGGCACGGAGAAGGGCGACAACACCAACUUCCGAGUCUUGUGCUACACCUUGGUCAUGAGCCGCGUAUUGUUCAGCAUUCAGUACCUUGUCCUCGUCAUCUUCAUCGGCAAGGCAAGGCGAACGGACUUGUACCUGCCCGUGUCCCUCAACGCUCUCAUUUACAUCCUCGCCACGGUCGCGUAUGCCGCCAUGACCCCUGCCUUUGCCGAGUCCAAGCCGGUGGACCCCCACAACGGCGUCUACAGCAUCUGGUGGAUUGUCAUGUCGGUUGAAACAGUCGGCACCAUAGCCAUCUCGAGCUGCUGGAGGAUGCUGAGCUUCAAGAAGACGCAUCUGGUCGAGCGCAUGGGAUUGCUUACGCUGAUUGUCAUCGGCGAGGGUGCCAUUGGUGUGACUAAGACCAUCUCCCGCAUGAUGGGGAAAGGCGGGCUCGACCCGGAAGGAUCUGGGUUGGUUCUCUGCAUCGUUUUGAUCUUGGUCGGGAUAUGGAUGAUCUACUUUGAUCACCAGCCGCACAGCCACUUCGGCACCAUCAGACAGCAGAUCUGGUCAUGCCUCCACUUCCCCAUCCACCUUGCCAUCGUGGGCCUGGUUGAGGGCGCCCAACAAAUUGCUCUGGCCAGGUAUGUGUCCAAAAGCAUUAUGAAAUUCGAGAAAGCGGUGGUGCAGUACUGUCUCAAAGAGCACCUUGAUGGCGAUGAAUUGGUGGAGAAGCUGAACGCCUCCAUCGCGUACCUGGAGCUCGACAAGAAGUUGACCAGCCUCAUCUUCCUGGACGAGAUUCACGAGGACAUAUUGAUGAUCGGCAACACCACGGACAUUUGUGAGAGCAGCGUGACGGGCACUGGUGCCCUUGACUGGCCCGACUUGGUCCUGCGCCUCUACAAGCACACGGCGGCGGCUGUGUAUAGCGCGCUCGGCUUGAGCAUGCCAAUCAACAAGGACGUCAUCAGCAUCAUGGUCGAGUCGUGGAAGCUCAUCUACCGGUACUUCUGGAGCGCCUUCUUGAUUCUUAUCGGGUGCUUCCUCAUCGUCAUGAUCUUGAUCCGAACAACCAAGGUGGACGCUUUCGACUACGUCUCCUUGACCACCCGCUUUUUCGUUCUCGUUGGCGGCGGCGUCAUUCUCGCCCUCUCGGCCAGCUCAGGGAUCAUGUACGAUCUUCUGGAGUCGCCGGCGAUGCUACCCAUCGCCGUCAUCCUGUUGUACUUGAUCAUCAUGUUGGACCGGUUGGGCGCUUCGAUUGCGAAUAGGAGGAAUCGGAACUCGGGAGAUGUGCUCAUCGGAGGGGAGCAGGGGCACGAUCACGGGCGCGACCACGGAAACGACCAUGAGCACCAUGAUCAUGGAGCACACAGCCACAACACGGAGAAACACAGGCUGAAGGUCUCUACCACGCGGGCUAGGACACGGCCACCGCAUGAGAGAGUCAGGACUCCAAUGCCGUACAGUAGUCCGCCUCCUACUUGGGUAGAAUCGGCCUACAAUUCUCCCGAGACUCCCCCCUUGUACGCAUCUCCGCGUGUGUACGAUGCACCCCGGCCGCCUGCCCCAGUAUCGGAGCAGGUUCUCGUGGACGCACGUUACGCCCCUACUGGGUACAUGCCGGUACACAGCGACCAAUAUACCGGCAGGGGGUAUUAAUGGCGGUGGUAAUGUUUGUUGGGACGGGAAAUAGCGGUGUAUUUUAAAGG